CUGCUGCUCUGGGCUGGAUUUCCAGGAAGAACAGAGAAUUCCUGCUCCUCAGUUGGAUUUCCAUGAAGAACAGAGAAUUCCUGCUCCUCAGUUGGAUUUCCAGGAAGAACAGAGAAUUCCUGCUGCUCUGGGUUCCUCAGACCCCGCUGUCCCCUGUCUGUCCCCUCGUUGUCCCCUCGUUGUCCCCUCGUUGUCCCCUCACUCUUCAGGACGUUCAUUCCAGGUGUGAGGGUGGGAAUUUUUGGGAUUUUUCCCUGUCCCGGCGAUUCCCCUCCAGACUCGUUGUGUCUGAGCCAAGGAAAGGCCCUGACUGGGGCUGGUGGAAAUGUCCCCAAGCUGUGACAGCACCUUGUCCCACUCUGUGGCUUUCAGGGUGUCAGAGGAGCAUCCCAGUGCUGGAAUUCCUUGGGAAUUCCGUGGGAUUUGCAGGGCAGGAUGGGAACUGCUACUCCAGGAAGGGCCGGAGCAGAGCUGGGCUGACUUUGAGGGGUAAAACCGAAUUUUCCAUUGAGCUGGGCGGGGUUUGGGAGGGGUGACAUCGAUGGGGUGGUGACAGCUCUGCUGUGAUGGCCGGGAAGGGACUUUGGGGACCUGGGAGUGCCUGGCUGGGGCAGGGAUUGGUGGUUUUGGGGGCUGGUGGUUUUUGGAGCUGUGAGAAGCAGGACUUUGAUGGUUUGAUGAGCUGGAGGUUGACGGCUUUAAGAGAGAAGCGUUGGACGCCGUGAUUGAGUUUAAAAAAGAAGAUUUUUGGGGAGGAAAAGUCGGUUCCAGGUCUGCCCGCGGCUCCGGGCAGGGAUUUUGGGAGCAGCGCUGGAUUUCCCAUCCCCAUCCCUGAGCCCGCGGAGUUCGCUGGAGAUGCGGGAAGCCCUGAAAGGGUUAAAGGGGUGCGGGGGGAGCCUGGAGCGAUCCCACCCUCCGCCCAAUCGCGGGAAUCCCGCGGUGCUAAUUGAGCAGCGAGCCCAUCAAAGGCUCCAAUCCCACCAGCAGCACCCCCGGGGCGCAGCCCGGGCUCUUCCCUUUGUCUGGGCCGGCGGAGCGGGGAUGUGGCUCCUCCGCAGCCUCGCCUGGGCUCUGCUCAGCCCCGUCCUGGCCGCCGGGCUGAGCCGGCAGGAGAGUUCCCUGCUGCAGUCGCUGGGGCUGAGCGCCAAGCCCAGCCCCAAAAACCCCGCGCCCGUGCCGCCCGUGCUGCGGAGGAUGUUCCAGCGGAGGGAGGCGCUGCCCCGGCCCCACAAGGACCGGGAUCCCUGCAGGGUGGAGGAGCUCAGCGUCCCCGGGGACAUCGUGCGCGUCUUCGCCGACCAAGGCCGUUUCCUGCCCGAGGGGCAGCCCCAGGGGCAGCUGUGUCUGCGGAGACUCCUCUUCUUCAACCUCUCCGUGCUGGAGGAGGGCGAGCGCUUGACCAUGGCCCGGCUGGAGCUCCAGUUCCAGCACAACUCGUACCCCGCCCCGAGCCCGGGGCAGGUUCUGGAGCUCCGGCUGUACCGGGUGUCCCCCCGGGGGCUCCCCCAGCCCCGGCCGGGCCGGAGGCCGCUGCUGGAGCGGUCAUUUGUCCGGCUGCACAAAUCGCUGCCGCUCGACCUGAGCGCGGCGCUGAAGACGCCGGGCAGGAAUUUGGCUUUGCUGCUGGAGAUCUCGGCGAGCGGCCGGACCGGGAGCCUGCGGAGCCUCUGCGCCAGCAGCGACUCCUUCGUGGCCACCUCGCUGCUGGUGGUGACCCUGGGCCGGCAGUGCCGCGCUGGCCGCAGCAGGAGGAGCGCGCCGAGCCCCUCGGUGACCCCCAGCCCUCUGUGCAAACCCCGCCGGCUUUACAUCAGCUUCAGCGACGUGGGCUGGGAGAACUGGAUCAUCGCCCCCCAGGGCUACCUGGCCAACUACUGCGGCGGGGAAUGUCCCUUCCCGCUGGCGGCCGAGCUCAACAGCACCAACCACGCGGUGCUGCAGACCAUGGUGCACUCGCUGGACCCGCGGGGCACCCCGCAGCCCUGCUGCGUGCCCGUGCGCCUCUCGCCCAUCUCCAUCCUCUACUACGACAACAGCGACAACGUGGUGCUGCGGCACUACGAGGACAUGGUGGUGGACGAGUGUGGCUGCAGGUAGCGGGUUUGGGCUGGGGAAAACCCCGCCGGGAGGAAUCCCCGCUGUGCUCAGCGCCGGGGUGAGGCUGGAGCUGGUUUAGGGUUAGUUAGGAUGGGGUUGAUGGGGUCAUGACCGAGCCUGGUGUUGGUUUUCUUCUCUGCAGGGUUUGGUGGCGCCGGGCUGUGAAUCCCAGAUUUCCCCUUUUGCUCGUGCCAGGGCUGCAGCUUUUUGGGGUUUUGGCUGAGCUCUGCAGGUUUCUCAGGGCAUAAAUGAUUUUUUUUCUGGGUGAAACGGGGCCGGGGGUUCCCUGGGGGCUGAUCCAGCUGCAGGGAUUGGGAUGGGGUGACCAAAUCCCUUCCCAAGAGGGGCAGAGCCAGGCGGGAGCUGCUCUUGUGCUGAUUUUAGGGUGAUGGGAUGGUUUGGGGACAGGGCUUGUGUUGGGUGGCCAAAUGCACGGGAGGUUUUGCCUAGAAAAAGAUUUCUGCCUGAAGAAUGGAGAUUUUAACCUAAAAAAAUCGCUUGGGAGCCGCGUGCCAAGGGCAGGGAAUCGGGGGGGGGGGGG